UUAAAAUUCCAUAUAAUCCAUCCAAAUUCCGAAAAAAAAAUAAAAAUUAAUCACAAAAAUCAUGGGUGGUGGAGGAGCAUUCAGAGCAGCGGCGAAAGUCGCCGGAAUCACCGUCGCAAACAGCGGAUUCCGUUCCGUUACGGCGGAGCAUCCAGUUUACACCGCCGCACGUAACGUCGUCCGUCCGGUGUCCGUUUCCGCUAUAUCAUCGUCAUUGGAAGAUGUGAAAUCCGGCGUUGUCACGGCGGUUAACGGAGGAGGCGGAGGAGGAUUAUCCGAUGUGUCGGCGGUGCAAAAAGUGGUGACGGAGUUUGAUGACUGGGAGAUGGCUGGUGAUGAGGAGGAAAUGAUGGUUAGUGUUGGUGAACCGUUACCGAGAGUUGUGUUUGGUGGUGCUCCGUCUCUUCAGGAAGCUACUGAAGCUACUUCUGAUCUCAAACACGCUCUCGAAAAGGUAUAUUUGUCUGGACCUGCUAAUGAAUGUGGAGGAUCUUGUGUAUCUGGCUCAAGCUCAUCACCCUUCUCCAAAACCUGUGUUGUCAGCGAGACUGUAGUGACAAAAUCUGCGCCGAAACAUGCUAUGCAGGCAUUUAGGUUUCUUAAUGAAACUCCUGCCGCUCAGAGCGUUGUUGCUUCAAUUGCUUGUGACCCAAAUGUGUGGAAUGCGGUAAUGCAAAAUCCAGCCCUUCAGGAAUUCCUCGAGUCACAAAAAACCAGUGCAUCAUUCCCAGACUCAGAUCACAAGAUAGAUGAAUCCGUUGCUGAUACUGAUUCGUUCUCUCAGUCAUCCCGAAGGAGUACGUCUUCCAAAUCUCAGGCCGACGAAUCUAAAUCCGGGAAUUCUUUUACAGAUUUUCUGCAGAAUGUUACACGAACAGUGACACAAACAGUGGUUGAUAUGAUGAACAGCUUGUCAGAUUACUUCAACAAUCUGUUUGGAGGCAACAAGGUUUUCUUUAAUGCUGAUGGAAGUGCUAAAUUAGGCGCGUGGAGACGACAUUGGGAGCUUCUUUCAUGGGUUUGGCAGUCAUGGUUAUGAUGGUGGUAGUCUCAAAACGCGGUCAAUCAUGAUUCUUCGAAGUUAUUACUAUUUGAAUUUGUCGAAGUUACAUGACUUAAAAGUGUUGCAGUUUCUUCUGGAAUAGGCAUUGAGGGUUUUGUCGAGGGUUUUUGGUCAGGCAAGUCUGCCAAUGACUUGUUGAAGAGUCUUGUAAAUAAAAAUAAAGUCGUUUUAGACAAAGUUUAUGUCCUAGUUUCUUGACUCUGUCAUCUCAAUGACAAUAAAGUUAAUGCAUUCAGCAGUGUGUGUUUUGCAAGGGUUCUAAAGCUUAAAGCACAUCACUGCAUUAACAUUA